AUUUCAUUUCCUCUACUAGCGCCAUCAAACACCCACAUUAGCAGAAAAUGGAGACCAACCCUCCCCAAACAUCCACCGCCUCUUAUCUUGGGGAUGCCCAUUACACUUCCUUACCGGACGGCCACUCCUCCCCAGUAAGUCCCCGGCGGCCCUUGAGGGUAUUUGCUGUGAUCCUUACGUCGGUUGUUUUUCUCGUGUCAUUGGUCGCAUUGAUCGUUAGCCAAAGCCAACAACUCUUAGAUGCAGCUGAAAGAGGCCGGGGACAUUUGUCGACGUCAAAAACUGCAUCGUUUUCCGACGCUUCGAGGCCGGUUGCAAGAGGGGUGGCAGAAGGGGUGUCAGCGAAAUCCAACCCGUCCCUUUCCGGUGAUGAAGUUUCCUACAAUUGGACAAAUGCUAUGUUUUCUUGGCAGCGAACUGCCUACCAUUUUCAACCUGAAGAGAACUGGAUGAAUGAUCCUGAUGGUCCAUUGUAUCAUAAGGGAUGGUACCAUCUAUUCUACCAAUACAACCCAGAUUCGGCUGUGUGGGGCAACAUCACGUGGGGUCAUGCCGUAUCAGUUGACCUGAUCCACUGGCUUUAUCUCCCACUUGCGAUGGUCCCUGAUAAAUGGUAUGAUUGGAAUGGCGUGUGGACUGGGUCUGCGACCGUGCUUCCAGAUGGCCAAAUCGUAAUGUUGUAUACCGGGGACACAGAUAAUUACGUGCAGGUUCAAAAUCUUGCAUACCCUGCCAACCUAUCUGAUCCCCUCCUCUUGGAUUGGGUCAAGUACUCGGGUAAUCCAGUCUUGAUCCCCCCAACUGGAAUUGCCCCUAAAGAUUUUCGUGACCCAACUACCGGAUGGCUUGGACCCGAUGGAAAGUGGCGGGUCACAAUUGGAUCCAAAGUCAAUAAAACAGGUAUUUCGCUAGUGUAUACAACCACAAACUUUACAACAUAUGAGCUAUUGGAUCACGUCUUGCAUGCGGUUCCUGGAACGGGUAUGUGGGAAUGCGUGGACUUUUAUCCCGUUUCAAUUAAUGGGACCACCGGUUUGGAUACGUCAGCAAAUGGUCCGGGACUUAAGUAUGUAUUAAAGGCUAGUUUGGAUGAUACAAAGCUAGAUCAUUAUGCACUUGGAACCUAUUUUUCAGAGAACGAUACAUGGAUUCCCGAUAACCCGGCUGAGGAUGUGGGUAUCGGCUUGCGGUAUGACUAUGGAAGGUACUAUGCAUCAAAGACAUUUUAUGACCCGAACAAGGAGAGGCGGAUCCUAUGGGGAUGGAUUAAUGAAACUGAUACGGAAACUGAUGAUUUGGAAAAGGGGUGGGCAUCUCUCCAGACCAUUCCAAGGACUGUGUUGUUUGACAACAAGACCGGCACCAACAUUCUUCAAUGGCCCGUGGAAGAGGUAGAGAGCUUGAGACUAAACAGCACAGACUUUGAUGGUGUGUUGGUCGAACCCGGAUCAAUUGUGGAGCUAGACAUUGGCACAGCGACACAGUUGGACAUAUUCGCCGAUUUUGAAAUAGAGUCAUUAGGAUCGGAUGAGAAUAAUGAAACUGAUGGAGGUUGCAAUGGCGGUGCUGUUGAGAGACGCAGUUUGGGACCAUUUGGCCUCUUGGUUAUUGCUGACCAAACGCUCUCUGAACUCACCCCUAUUUAUUUCCGCCUUGCCAAUUCAAGUGAUGGUAAUCUCAAGACUUACUUUUGUGCAGAUGAAAGAAGGUCAACAAAGGCUACUAGUGUUUUUAAUCAAAUUUAUGGAAGCGAAGUUCCUGUGCUUGAUGAUGAAAAAUAUUCCAUGAGAGUGUUGGUUGACCAUUCAAUUGUGGAGAGCUUUGCUCAAGGAGGAAGGACGGUGAUCACAUCACGGGUUUAUCCAACAGAAGCAAUUUACGGAGCAACACGAUUGUUUUUAUUCAACAAUGCAACUGGAGUGAAUGUGAAGGCUACACUUAAGAUAUGGCAGAUGAAUUCUGCAUUUAUUCACCCUUUCCCAUUGGACCAAAUUUAGUGAAAUAUUCCUUGCAAUCCUGCUUCAAUCUAUUAUAUUAAAUUUCUUUUUUUUGUUCCAUUUAGUUGUCAUUCGAUGCUUGCCAAAUCUGUGAAAUCGAGUGGCUUCCAAAUGUGUCUUACCGUUAUUUCAUUUUUGGUUGGAUUAAUGUCGUUUAGUUUGUAGACAACUAGUCAUGCUAUGAGGAUAUGUUUUGGAUUUGAUCCAAAUAAUAAUUUUGGAAUGUUACAAUU